AUGACCCGAGUCAAUCCACGCACCAGGACGGGAUGUCUUCCGUGUCGUCGGCGGAAAAAGAAAUGCGAUGAGGCGAAACCACAAUGCCGAGCAUGCACGCGUAACAAGCUGCAAUGCUCCUGGCCUCCCCACAUCGUCCGCAUAUUUGGCCUUGACGCUGAACAGACUGGGGAUUCUGAUGGUUUAAUACCGUCUGCUGCGCCGGCUACCAACAUUGCAACACCAGAAGGUGCACAACAUCAGUCGAGGAGAGAAAAUGGCGUCGCAUCGUGGCCUUUAGAAAAGAACUUUUUCAGCACGAUACAAGCCGGCAUUCUACUGCCAGAAUCUCCGAUGCUCUUGUCGCACUAUCUAGAAGAUACAGCGCCCAAAUUGGCACCAGCGCCGGGCAUACCCUGGGUAUCGUGGAUAUUGCCAGUCGCCAGCAAUGACGAGCUCCUGAUGAACGCCAUUCUCGCUUUAAGCGGUGGUCAUCUUCUGUAUAAGCUGCCUGAUAACCCAGACAUCUCCCAUGCCACGCAUCGGCAUUAUUCAUCGACUGUGCAGACUCUUUACCAGGUAUUGAACGAUGGUAGCAUGUUAUCCGAGCCUUUGACUCUGCUUCGGGUGGCGUUGGCUAUCUUGAUUCUCUUCCACUAUGAGGUUGUGUCUGGAAAUAUGGACGGAUCCCCGUUUGUCCAUCUCCGGGCGACUCGGCAGCUGGUCUUAACGUUGAGGAGUAAAUCCCGUCAAGUGACAGCGGCCGAACAGAAGUUGUACGGAUUCGUGAUGGAGGUCUAUUCAUACAUUGUCCUGUGCAACAGCAUCACUCCAUUCGCCAUGAAUCGCAACAGGACUCUUAUCUAUGACUCUUUUCUACAAACCUUUGAUGACUUGCAAGAUUUGGGCGCAUUCGGUGUCAUGUUCAGCGGCGGCCAUCACCUCUUCGAACUCAUCUCCGCAGUAUCUCUAUUUGCUGCUCAAAACCCAAAUCCAGACCGCCACGAAUACAGACAGCUCAAAGCUAGAAUCAGCGCCUUGGAAUCUCCCAUCCCCAAAGAACCCGAGUGCCGUGCAACCCUCGAGGUAUGCCGCAUAGCGUUACUGGCAUUUCUGGAAACCGCCAACUUGCCGUUUUCCAAAUACGACACCACUCGCAUGCAGCACCUCCAGCCCCUGCUGGACGUGGCAAUGCGAGACCUACCCCAGAUCCUGCCGUCCAGCUACUCGUGCAUCCUGAUGUGGCCGAUAAUGAUUAUUGGCUCGUGUCUGAUGGAGGAAGAACAGCGGGCGGUAGUCUCGCAUAUGCUGCUUCAUAACCAGUAUGGGAUGAAGAACACGGCUCAAGCAAGCAUGCUACUCGAACUACUCUGGAAGGAUCCUGAUGAGCGUGCAUUUGGGCCAUAUGGCCUUGGGCUAUUGAUGGAUAGGCACAACUUGGAUUAUGGGGUUAUCUGAACAUAAUACAACGUAAUAAAUUAAAUAUCUAUAAUAAUAUUACUUUAAC